AUGGCAACAAAUCUGACGACGGUCAACGGUGCUCCUCUACCGCCGGGUAUUUAUUACUUCUCUCGUAUCACAGACACGGAUCAUGCUGGCUACGUUUGGAUUGUCGCAUUACUUUCCUUGAUAUAUCCCUUUGGUACUCUGGUAGUACGAUUCAACGUCAGGUGGGGCCUGUAUGGUUCAGACGACUGGGUGUUACUGGUAGCAACAAUACAGGCCAUCUACGCAGCUGAAGUACUGUUUAUUUUAGCAUAUACGCUUUCAAAAGUCUCCCUCGCAUUAUUCGUCAGGCGGCUCUUUACCCACAACACAAGACUCAAUGCUGUAUUGUGUUGGUCGUUGCUGAGCCUUACCAUUGCGUGGGGCGUUGUAGCUCUGUUCGUCCUUCUAAUCGACUGCUCGCCAUAUCACUUCUUCUCUCAAGCAGUCAAAUGUCCAUCCUAUAUCGCUCGCUGGCGAGCCGUGACAAUACUCGACAUUAUCACAGAAGCCGCGCUAAUGGUAGUCCCUUCCUACCUAGUGUCUGGUGUUAUGAUAGGCUCACGACCAAAGAUGCUUGUCAUGACCGCAUUUGCAUUCAGACUCGCGGUGGUUGGAUUCUCCGUCACGCAUCUGCGACGGCUCUCCCAAACGAUCGGCGCACAAGACAAAGGCUUCUCCUUCAUACCACCAGUCAUUUGGAUACAAAUAUGGCUGGCGUGGUCUCUGGUCAGCGCAUCAAUACCUUCGUUCCGAUCGUUCAUGAAUCCUCUCGAAAACAUUACCAUCGCAAAAACAGACGACUCUCACAGUGCGUCGCGUUCCGAGGUCAAUGGCGCGUAUCUUUUGAUGGGCCCUAUCAAAUCCUAUCAUCGAAGUCACAUCGCAUCGGCGCGAUCUGCAUCUCAAGGAUUGAGCUUGAACUCAAAGCUAGGCACAAGGACGUCAGUCCACCAUGCACAUCGCGAUCAGGGUGUCGACGAGAACUCGUCUAUCAGCUCUCAGACAGGCAUUAUUCGCAAAGAGGUGGAAUGGCAGAUUACCCAUGACCAUGACCCGCUGUGA